AUGGAUUCGCCGAAGAUCGUAUACAAAUAUUAUUCUAAUCCAGCUUUUUGCGCUCAGAGCGAAGUUGUUUUUGCUCAGAAAUCAUGUGUUACGAAAAUUGUAUCUCCAGACAGACGUAUGCCGCCACUCGGCGCGAAUUCACCCAGAAAAAAUAUUGAAAGUAAUAGGAUAUUGAGAACAGAUAUAUCUGACAAUCCUCUUAGGAUGUUACCUCUUGGGAGGAGGGAUGAGCCUCCAGAAUUGCCGCCGAAACCACCCAAAUACAGACAGCAACAGUUCCAAAGACAAGCGUCUCUAAUUUGCAAGCCGACUCGACCAGUCGUGCGAUGUAGAACAAGAAGUGAAGAUUUAGAAAUGGCACAAUUUAGACAGAGACGGCAAACCCAAUAUGAUAGACACGCUGAAAGUGAUGAUAAUCUAGAAGAUUCUAGAGUGAGACAUCGAUAUGAGGUAAUAGAUAUCGACGAUGGAAUUGAUUAUUCUCCAACAAAGAAGAGAAUAGUUGAGGCAGAUGAGAGUGAAGUGGAAGAAUAUAAUGUUGAUGGGCCAGAUGAGCACGAACUGAAAGAAAUACCUACGGAAAUAGUCAAAACUGUAAAUGGUAAAACUCAUAGAUACGCAAUAGUGCCUUCCGAUGAUGAAGAUAGGAAGAAUGUUACAUUUACAUCUCCAAUGAUGUCCAAAAAGAAUUUAAUAGCCACUCAAAAAUUACACGAACUUCUAUCAACCCCGAGAAAAUUGAAGAGUUACGCUAGCCAGCCAUCCGUAAGGAUCACGCCAAACAAAUCAGAGAGUCCAAGAUAUCCUGGUACCCCGAUGAAAGUUAUAUCGAGCACGCCCACUCACGUGACCCCUUCAAAAUCAUGUGCAAAUUUGACCCUAACUAGAGGAGCUACAUCACCUAUUUCGCCGAGAGCCCAACAAAAAUUAAAUUAUGGAUUACCAGAAUUUGAAAGGCAAGAUGUGUUUGUCACAAGUUUAAGAGAUAAACGAGAGCGGAGUUUCGAAAUGGAUAGGCGUGAUACAAGCAGAGAGAGCAGGGGGGAUCGACGGAUUGACAGUUAUAGGAGGGAUAAGAAGACUACAGCCAUCAUUAUGCCAAGAGUUGCCCCACAAUCUCCUUCGGUUUAUUCGGAGGACACUUACAAAUCGGUAUCAAGUAUUAAAAGUGGGAAUGGUGCAGCUGUUUUAACUGUUGCCGCGCUAAUGUUAACUUUGUGUGGCGGAUUUGCUACUGGAUUGAGUUUCUAUAUGAUGUAUAGUGUGGGUCGCCGAUACUAUUUAGAUUUUGGUGUUCUCUCAGGCUUUACCUGCUUCCUCUUAGGUCUUCUUGGCAUAAGAACAAGACGAAAUCAGUUGCUACCGAAUAGAAAUUAUUUAUCAGGUUACAUCGUUCUCUCGUCAUUUUCUUUGCUUAGUGCUUUUGGACUUCUCAUUUUAUUAUUGAUUGAACCUAAACCAGGAACUGCUAUGAAUGACAUCACAUCUGGGGCAGUUUGCAGCAUCAGUGUCCUAUCGUUAGGCUUAGCUACCGUUGGUAUACUUAUAUCUUAUUGCUGUGCACGAGAUCCACCUGAUAAUAGGGUUGGGACAGCUCGAUGGUAU